AUGUUUCUCUGUGUGUAUUCUGCUCCCUUGGCAAAACUGAUAACCCUUUCCUUGAACUCUGCUGUAACUUGCUUAUAUUACUAUGAUAAAAUUUAUCCUUUCAUAUUUGUAUUAUUUGCUUACAUGACUGUGUCCUUUAAGAUCCCUCAAAGUCAAAAGGGGCAUGUUAUUUAUAAUUAUAUCCCCAAUAUGCAGCACAGGCUUAGUAAAUAUUUUUGCAUGAAUAGAAAUCCACUCUGUAUUAUGGAAGUCAUAUUUAAACUCAUUGGGAGUAUUUAUAAUGUGAUAUUCAAUGUGAUAUCAAGUAACUAUACAAGCCUACUAACUUUAAAUGCAUUGAAAUUAGAUAAAAUUUAA